AGUAUUAAGUCGAUCGAGGUACGUCCAGCACGUCGCACAGUUUCCGGUAGAUAGAAUAUCUUUUAUUUUUGAACUCAACAUCAACUCAACUCAACUAUGGCUGAGCAGAAGAAGGCACCGCUCUUGAAGAAGGAGGAGGAUUACGUCAAGGCUCUCGAGGGCUUCAUCACACCCGAUCAGGAUCAGGUUGUCCUGCUGCUGGAUUACGAUGGCACCCUUGCUCCCCUCACCGAGGAGUUGUCUGUGAUGCCCAAGGAUACGGAGAUCAACAUUAAGAAACUGGCUGCCAAUGAGAAAAUCUUCAUGGUUGUCUUCUCCGGUCGCGAGCUGAACGAGAUCAAGAACCACUUGAAGUUCCCCAAUGUCACCUAUGCUGGCAAUCACGGUCUCGAGGUGGAGUACCCAUCGGGCAAGAAGUUCAAGAUCGAAAUGCCCGAAGAGCUGCUCGAGAAGCACAACAAGCUGGUGGCUGAGCUCAAGGAGAAGGUUGUUUGCUCCGGUGCCUGGGUUGAGGAUAAGAAGAUCUCGGUGACCUAUCACUACAAGGGCGUCACCGACAAGCUGAAGGCCAAGCUCAUUGCCGAGGCCAAGGGUCUGAUUCAGUCCCAUGGCUUCCAGCUGAUCGAGACUCCCUACGCUCUGGAGGGCAAGCCACGCGUCAACUGGGACAAAGGAGAGGGUGCCAAGAUGAUCCUGGAGAAGCACUUCGAUGCUGACUGGGCCAAGAACCUGAAGAUCAUCUAUGUGGGUGACGACACCACCGACGAGGAUGCCAUCAAGGUGCUGCACGGCAUUGGCAAGACCUUCCGCGUCUCGGAGCUGCCCACGCUGAAGACCUAUGCCAACUAUCAGAUCAAGACCGUCGAGGAGGUUGGCUGGCUGCUGAAAGCUGUUCAGGCCAACUACGAGAAGAAGAAGAAGGCAUAAGCAUUGCGGGCCACAGCUCUAAGCUUAAGCUAAUUCCACACAUACACACACACCACACACAUGCACACAUCAACACAAAUACACAUAUGUAGAGUUGUCUUGUAUUUCAUACUAUUUAUGAUUAUGAUUAUUACCAAUUAUUUAUUAUUAUAGAUGUUUUGUAUGUCAAUCUCUCGUCCCUUAUUUUUCUGUUUUAUGUUUUCUCUACAAAAUUCGCAAUAAACUUGUUCAUAUAAUUUAAUAAUA